CGGCAACCGCGACGCCCGGCGGCGGCACCUCCUCGUCCCCGGCAGGGAGCGGCGGGGCCCGGCGUGUCCCAGGGGAGCAGGGAAUUCUGUAUUGUUCUAACACAUCACCAAAAUAACUGAAAAGGAAGAUCAAGCAGAUAUGGGUGAUGUAACAGAAAAUGCAGAAUAUGAGGAUGAUUUUGAAAAAGACCUGGAAUGCCUAACUGACAAAGAAGAAAAAAAGAAUCCUGGAAAAAAGGAAGAGGAUGUUGAAGCACAAAUUCAUAAAGCUGCAUACAGCUCUCAGGAAGACAAUGAGGAAGUGGAAGAAAGUCUAGAUCAGCUUUCAGAGGCAGAUGUAAAUGUGAAAAUGAUAUAUGCUAAUGAAAAAUACUUUCCUGAGGCAAGUACUGAACAAAAGGACUAUGAAUAUGAUGAGACAGAAAGCUUUAUCCAGGAAUAUAAGCUGGAAAAUGAGCAGGAACUGGAAGAGGAUGAAGAUAUGAAGCGUUAUGUCUUGGAAAAGAUUGAAGAAGCCAACAAAAACCUGGAAAAUCAGACUCCUGUGGAUCAAAACAGAGAAAGGAAAUUAAAAUUUAAGGAUGAGAUGGAUAUUAAAGCUCCUCCUCCAAAAGAUGCUGACCUUGCAAGAGGAGAUGAUGUUUCAAUUGGGCUGUCUCAGCUGCAUAUUUCUGAUGAUACAGGACAGAAACACACACUUUCAGAAGAUAUUGAAACUCAACGUACAGCUCCAAAAUCUUCGCUCCCCACUGACCCUUCACCUCCAUCUGACUCUAAGCAACCUCCAGAUCCUGCUUCGAAUGGUGCAAAAGACCUGGGAAAACAGAAGACUGAGACUGCAAACACAGCCACGAAAACCUCCACUUACACUCUUACUCCCAGACAAAAAGAAUUAAGGAAGCAGAUAGAAAUAAGGAAUGAAAUACUGAGGAGAGAGGAAGAAGACAGGAAAAGGGAACUAGAAGAAAUGAGGAGAAGAGAGAAUGAAAUAGUUUAUAAAGCUUGGUUACAGAAGAAGAAAGUACAGCUAAAAGAAGAAAAGCGAGUUCGUCGUGCAAAGCAGCUGGAAGAGCUGAGGAUGAAAGACGUGAACAGGGAUCCAGAAGAAGCCUACAGGUUAUGGCUUAAAAAAAAGCACCAACAAUAUAUGAAAGAAAAACGGAUAGAAUUUUUGAGACGCCAAACUGAGGAAGUGGCCUUUGUACCAAGGGCAGAGGAAUGCGACAGAGCUUUUAGAGACUGGCUGAGGAGGAAGAAAGAAGAGAAACAAGAAGCAGAACUAGCUGCUAAAGAGAGAGGCAGGCUGUUUAAAUUAGAAGCCAGAAGAGCAAGACAGAUGCGGAGUAUGCACUAUUUUAAUUCAGAGGCAAAAUCCUUUUGCUUCACAGGUCAUUACAGUUAAAAAUUUGAUGUAGACACAGAGUUCUUGGUGACAAUCUUCUGAAUUUUUAUGGCUUGUUUUUGUCCUUUACAGCUACUGACUUUUUGUGGUGUUUUUGAAGCUUUCAAUCAAGUUUAACAAUUACCUUCAGUGACAAUGCUUUUACUAUCUAUUUAUUUGUAAUUUAGUUGAAAAGCCUGCUUUAAUCUAUAACUCAGGGAUCUUCUCGAUUUAACCAAACCUUAACGAGUGCAAGAUGUAUGUAUGAGGGUGGCAAAUACACAUUCCCUUCUUAAAGGCACUUUAUACUCAGCUCCAUCAUGGAUUCCUGGAUGCAGGCUACUCUGUAAAAUGUUGAAUUUUUUGUGGAUUAAUAUUGCUAUUUGAUGCUGCUAGUGAUUAAGACUGUGCAAGGUGCUAUGUUGUUGGAAAAUGAUGUUUAUUGUACCUAUUGAUCUGUUGACCAGCUCUAGACCAGAAGACUGUGUUCUUUUAGGUUCCUGGAAAGGGUCAUUGAAGACUAAUGUAUAGGUGAUUGUGCAACAAGUUUUGAAACUUAUUUCUGUGAGUCAUAUUGAGUAGUUUUCUAUUUCAUGGAAUUAAAAGCUUGUGCAAAUGAUGACCUUUUCCCUACGAAGGAAGCCAGGUUCCUUAUAUAAAUGUCAAUGCUUAUUAUAAUAAAUCUACCAAACUACAUCACCUUACCCACCUAAAUUGUGAACUCUUGAUAGAGAACAUGCCAAAGUCACUCAUGAAAUCAUAAAGUUAGUGAAAGAAUAGAAGCAUUCUGUCCAACUGUAUGUCCCAACAGAUUUCAUGAUCCUGGAAUUGCUCUUCAAUUUUUCCACAGUCACUGUUUUCUGAGUACUGCAACAGACAGAAGUGUAGAGAUGCAAAGAACGUUUGCUGGUAGUAUUGUUCUUGGUUAUUUUUGGAGCUAGUUACAGGCAUAUUGAGAGCACUGGUGUUGGACUGGAGGCUGGUCUGUUGCAGCUUUUGCCAGCAUAGAGAGUGAGCAUGGACACAAAAUGAAAAUUUCACAUGGUACUGGGAUACAUAAGUAACAGGUUGCCUUCCUCCCUCCAAAACCUCCCCCUGACACCAAAGGCAAGAAGAGCUUCCUGUGUCUAGCAAGCAAAUCCAGGGGGAAUGUUUGCAAAGGUUCACACACACCGUCUCCCUAACUGUAGAAAACUACAGAAGAGGUGCUUCUCUGUUCAUUGCCUCACACCAGCAGAGUGAAGGGUUUUACAGUUCAAUGUCAUAUAGUUCUGUUAAUGCUACAAAGAAUGUGACUUCAUUAAAUCCAAAACUGUAACUUGAAAGCAAGCAAAGGAAGUUUAUUGUAGCUUUCUUCAUGUAAACCAAAGCUGAGCCAGCAACAGCAAGAACAGCUUACAUAUUCUGAUAAUGGGUAUGAGAUUCAAAGGAAAAUAGGGUAAAAGCAACCAUUUCAGAAACCUUUUCCCUAAAGUAGGCAGCUUCAUAUGGUAAAUUUUGGGGGUCAAGCAAAGAAACUUAAAUAGGGUUCUUUGGAUUUAGCAGAUUGUCUCCUAAAAGUUCUCAUCAAACCUAUGUCAAGAACUCCAAACCUAUAUCAAGAUUAUAAAACCAUACAAGUAAAAAAAUACUUUUUUUUUUAACAGUACCUGUGCAAACUUAGUGCUUAUCUUCAUCUUCCCAUAAUACCUAGGAAGACCUUGGGCAAGGACUGAGCCCUAAUGCCAGAGCAGGUUCAGUGCUAUGUACUAAAGGAAGCAUGUCAGUCUGCCUUUGCUGGAUCAGCUAGGCAGCAGCUUCAUUCUAGAAGCUGAAACAAUGGAAAAGCCAUUUCAGCUCUAUAGAAAUGCAAGAAUAAUCUCACCCCAGAGUUUUCUAGAAUCCAAUUGAAAGCAGUUACUACUUAUGAAUUAUAGCUGAAGUUCAUUCAAGCUUCAUCGCCUUCUUGACAGGUGGGCUGACACUGCAUAUACUCUUGCUUUCAGAACUUACAGCUAUGAAGAAUGACUGCAUAUACUCCUUUUUAUAACUAAAUUUAAAAGGUAGAACAUAGACUUGGGGACAGUUCAUCACCUAGGCUAAAAUGAAAAAAAAAAA